UAGCGCUGAUCAAUUCAGCAAUUGCCUACAUUGACCAAAAUGCACCGCGGCCAACUGUGAAGCGCUGAGAGACGGAACUGCUAAAGAUUGUCGAUAAUGUUUGACUCUAGUUUUUCAUUCAUUUAUCCAGCGUUAUCUUGUAUAAGCUGUACAUUAAGGAAAAACCGAACACAUGGCAAGUAAAAAACUAAGAAGAGCGGGUGUGUCGCAGGAAUUAUGUGAACUUCUCAAUCGUCACCAUGUGGAAAGUUGCAAGGAUCUCCUGUCCCUUACCCCGCUGGAAGUGAUGCGGGUUGCGGGACUGAGCUAUCAAAAUGCCUUAGCUUUGAUGCGAUCUGUCAGCCAACACUGUGCGCCCCCAGUUACAACGCUCUUGGAGCUGUGGAAGCCGAAGUCAGAGAGCUUUUUUUCCACGUCUCUUCCCGCUCUUGACGAUUUCCUCCGUGGAGGUCUGCCCUUGGGGACCAUCACCGAGUUGGCGGGUCCAUCAGGAUGCGGUAAGACCCAGAUGUGUGUGAUGCUCAGCGUCCUCGCCACCCUCCCCAGGGCUCUGGGGGGGCUGGACGCCGGCGUGGUCUACAUUGACACAGAGUCGGCCUUCAGUGCAGAGAGGCUGGUGGAGAUGGCCCAGGCGCGGUUCCCAGAACACUUCUCCUCCAGGGAGCGGGUUCUGCAGAUGGCCAGCCGGGUCCACGUCUUCAGGGAGCUCACAUGUCAGGACGUUCUCAACAGGCUGGACCGACUGGAGGUGGACAUUAUCUCCACCAAGGCGGGUCUGGUGAUCCUGGACUCGGUGGCUUCGGUAGUGCGUAAAGAGUUUGACACCACCCUACCGGGUAACCUAGCAUCCCGCUCAAACCUGCUGACUCAGGAGGCCUCCACCCUCAAGUACCUGGCGCACCAGUUCAACAUCCCAGUUGUCCUGACCAAUCAGAUAACGACAUACCUUGGAAAUGGAGGUGGUGGCGUGCCAGGUGAAGGGGAUUCUGGGUAUGUGAUUGCAGCGCUGGGGAACACAUGGAGUCACACCGUCAACACACGCCUUAUCGUUCAGUAUGUGGACGCCCGCCAACGACAGAUAGUGAUAGCCAAGUCUCCAGUGGCUCCCUACGCUGUGUUGAAUUACACCAUCCAGAAGGAAGGCAUCUGUCUGGACGGUGAGUACCACAGCCUCCUCGCGCCAAGGGAACAACUGUGAUUUUCCAUAGAGCGAGGGGAGAGAGACAGACAGAGGGGGAGAGAGAGAGAGAGGGAAAGAAGUAGGGUGAGAAAGCACUGGCCAACCUGUGUCACUAAAUUCCCAUGGCAUUGACAUUUUUGUCUGCCUUUAUUUAUAUGUAUUAUAUUAUAUAAUGUAUGUUAUAUCUUUAUUUAUUUAUUUAUUUCGGACAGAUCAAGUUCCGUUGAGAUCAGGCUUGUCUCUUUUCAGGGGAAAACCGUUCACAAGCAUUCAUACACAAUUUGUGUAAAACUCUGCCCUUGGCCUUUAACCCAUUACAGUAUACUACUUUAGAUUCAGUUCUGACCCUUACAGACCAUUUUGAUGUCCAUCCACCUAUAGUGUGACAUCUGUGCACAGUUUAUAAACCCACCGGUUGGGACACCAACGUUUGAUAUCAAUACAACAAUGAGGCCUUUUACCACAGAUGUAUUUUAUCUUAUGCAUUUUAUUUUCCUAUUAUGAAUCCUACAACACCAACUACUGAGGCUGACAUUCUGACAAACAUGGACAGACAAAGGUCAGCAUACACGCGUCCAGUCCAAACCGACCCCUGUGAGGUUAGCUGGCGUGGUGCCCAACCAUCCAGAUCCAGUGCAUGCUGGUCCUGGAUGGUCAUGUUCGAUAACGAAGGGCCUCACUUAUAUGGACAACGGCAGCCUAUCCACCAUUUGUGCAUCAGUCGUCACCGUGGAUGUGUUAAACGCUGGGCGGUGUGCGCGUGGGUGUACUGCUCUGCCCCACCGAAGCCAACGAGCUUCGCGUGUGACCACCGCUCCGUCGACGCAGAUUUUCAAUCCCCGAUGGCUAGCGCCAUAGUGUUAACUCACCACUUUGGCUCAAAUGAUGAUGCUGGCUGGGUGGCUCGACCCGGCACUGCACUUACCAUGUAUUUGAUUCACCUCGUCGGCACCACAGGUUAAAAUUCCUGGCAUAUGGUACAUGUCAUGCUAAAUGCCUACUUCCCUGUCCCUCCUCACUGUCAUAUUGUAUCCAUUGUUUUCAAUGUAAAAAAAAAUAGAAGUUUAGGGGUUACUGUGAAUCGUGGCUGGUGAUGGUGGUAGGGGGGGGUUGGAUCUUAACUCGUUUUGGGUCGUUUUGCGGUCGCUCCCAGGGAGACAGCUCACCUCUCCAGCAGAUGUCCGAUGAUGACAACACAGCUGUUUUUGAGGACACGCAAAUCUCCAUAUGGAAAUAACUCAUGGAAAAAUAGAGAGACAGAAAGACAGGAGGUAGUUUGAGACACUCAAUCCUCGCCCGACCAUUACCUCAUUAUCUCAUAUUGUAGUCUUAGUUUUCAAUGUGCAAAAUAAUAAAAGUCAAACUUACAAUAAUAUACACAUUGAAAUGUGUAUAUUAUUGUAAGUUUGACUUUUAUUAUUUUGUCCUUAUUUCCAUGUUUGUGCUUAGCCCUUUCAAUCAGAAUCUGAGAGAAAGCCAGGCGGAGAGAGAUAGAGAGGGAGAGAGAGAUAGACAAACAGAGAGGGGAAAAAGAGACGCAGAGAGAAAGAGAGUGCUCACACCACCUGCUUCCAUCUGCAGUUUGUGACCAAUGAAUAAUGAGAUCUCCAUUGGAGUGACGUGGCCAGGACGUGUGUGUGUGUGUGUGUGUGUGUGUGUGUGUGUGUGUGUGUGUGUGUGUGUGUGUGUGUGUGUGUGUGUGUGUGUGUGUGUGUGUGUGUGUGUGUGUGUGUGUGUGUGUGUGUGUGUGUGUGUGUGUGUGUGUGUGUGUGUGUGUGUGAUAG